CCCUCCCACACGGGCUCCCGCCGCUCCCACACGGGCUCCCGUCCCUCCCACACGGGCUCCCGCCGCUCCCACACGGGCUCCCGUCCCUCCCACACGGGCUCCCGCCCCUCCCACACGGGCUCCCGCCGCUCCCACACGGGCUCCCGUCCCUCCCACACGGGCUCCCGCCCCUCCCGCCGCCGUUGCCCCGCAACGCCCGGGCGGUCGCGGCGAAUUCCUGCUCCCCCCGGAGCUGAGGCGCCGCGGCUUCGGCCUGAUGGAGGCCUGCAACUUCAUAGCGCAGGACGACAACUGGAAAAAACGUGUUGAAAGUGAAGGAGACGCUGCAAAAAGAUGGGCUGACAAAUGGGGAUUUUUGAAAACACCUCUUGAGGAGUUGAUUGGAGAUGAAAAGAAAGAAGAUGCAAAGCCCAAGAUACAGCUUCCAGAUCACCUGCAGGUUCGACCUGUGACACCUGUGGAAAAAUACAUUAAGGUGCUUCCAUCUCCUCCAGUACCUAAAACUACCCAGGGAUUUAUUGGCUGGAGAUCAGGUGUUCCAGGGCUGGCACUUGAACAUGAUUAUCAAAUCCAAAGCUGCAAAGGAACUGUCUGUAAUAUGAAGUGACCAUGUGAGCCCUCUGAGUGACAUUAUGAAAUAAAGAGUUAGGCACAUAGAUGCAUCUGCAUUCCUAAGGAAACAUCCUGUAGUGGACUGUUGGACUGUUGAUCAUUUGUGCUAUUUAUGUACAAAUCCAAAAUCAUUUUGGUAAAGUGUGAACAUUUUAAUUUUACUUAAUUGAAUCUAUGGCAUCCAAGCUGUUAACUCUGCUUCAGAGCUUCUGCUUGUAACUUAGAAAUAACAAUGAAUAAACUCAGAUAAAGAUCACAAAGCAGGUACUAUUUUUAUUAGCACUAAUAAAACUGUAAUUUAAAAAUAUUCAUUGGAAGUUGGAAUGACAAUGCAAAUUAUAAUUGUUUCUCCAUGAGAACCUCUACUCAUAAAAUCCCCAUGAUUAUAAAAUACACUGGUUUUGUGUUGGG